AUGUCUCAAGAACCUUUCCUCUGUUUGUGUCCACAGGGAUGGUUCAGUCCAGGUCAGGUGUUUGUGCUGGAUGAGUACUGCGCCCGCUACGGUGUGAGGGGCUGCCACCGCCACCUCAGCUACCUCCGGGACCUGAUGGACUACUCUGAGAACAACACCCUGGUCGACCCCACUCUUCUACAUUACAGCUAUGCCUUCUGUGCCUCCCACAUCCAUGGCAAUAGGCCGGAUGGGAUAGGCACAGUCACUGAGGAAGAGAGAGAACAGUUUGAGGACAUAAGAAGCCGUCUCCUGAGUCUAUUGGACAACCAGAUCAUUCAUUUUAGGUACUGUUUCCCCUUUGGCCGACCAGAUGGCGCACUCAAAGCGACACUCUCCCUGCUAGAAAGGGUUUUGAUGAAGGACAUUACCACUCCGAUUCCUCCUGAGGAGAUGAAGAAGAUGGUCAAAAAAUGUCUGGAGAAAGCAGCCCUUAUCAACUACUCCCAGCUGACCCAAUAUGCUCAGAUCGAGGCUGAUGCUCAGGCUGCCCCGGAGAAGAGAUUGGAGGACAUGAUGCGACUAGGAGAACUUUGUAUUGAGGUCCUGCAGCAGAAUGAUGAGCACCAUUCCGAGGGAAGAGAGGCAUUCUCGUGGUGGCCGGAGAUGAUGGCGGAGCACGCAGAGACCUUCCUGUCUCUCUACACCGUCGACAUGGAUGGUGCUCUACAAGUCCAGCCCGUUGACUCAUGGGAUAGCUUUCCCUUAUUCCAGCUGCUUAACAACUUCCUGCGUUGUGACUCUCACCUGUGCAAUGGCAUGUUCCACAAGCACCUGCAGGACCUGUUCAUCCCACUGGUGGUGCGCUACAUAGACCUUAUGGAAUCCUCCAUCGCCCAGUCCAUCCACCGCGGCUUCGAGCAGGAAACCUGGCAGUCCGUCAAGACAAUAACCAACAACCUACCGAGCGUGCCUCUGCCCAAAGUCAAUCUCCCACAGAUGCCGAGCUUCUCAGCACCCUCCUGGAUGGGCCCGCUGUGUGACAGCACUAAUGGCUCAGCAACCUCAGAGGACCUCUUCUGGAAGUUAGACGCCCUCCAGAUGUUUGUCCUGGACCUGCACUGGCCCGAGCCAGAGUUUGCCAAACACCUGGAGCAGAGGCUGAAGCUCAUGGCCAGCGACAUGAUGGAGGCUUGCGUCAAAAGAACGAAAGCCGCCUUCGACUCCAAGAUGCAGAAGGCCAGCAAGUCAACGGACUUCCGGGUGUCGCUGUCAGUGUGCACCAUGUUCAACAUGCUAAUGGACGCCAAGAAGCAGUGUGCCAAACUCUGUGUGCUGGACUCCGGUCAAGAGAUUGACAAACAAUGGCAACAGUACCAUUCGAAAAUCGAUGUCCUGAUCGAUGAUGCGUUUAAAGACAUGAUUUCCUCCAUGGUCACAAAGUUUGCUGGAGUUUUAGACGGUGUUCUCUCCAAACUCUCCAGAUAUGACGAAGGGACAUUCUUUUCUUCUAUCCUAUCUUUCACGGUGAAAGCAGCUGCCAAGUAUGUGGAUGUGCCUAAGCCAGGGAUGGACCUGGCUGAUACUUAUAUAACGUUUGUGCGGCAGAACCAGGACAUCCUGCGAGAUCGCGUCAACGAGGAGAUGUACAUCGAGAAGCUGUUUGACCAAUGGUACACCAGCUCCAUGAAGGGGGUGUGUGCGUGGCUGACAGACAGACUGGACCUUCAGCUCCACAUGUACCAGCUGAAAACACUCAUCAAGAUUGUCAAGAAGACCUACCGAGACUUCCGGCUCCAAGGAGUCCUGGAUGGAACCCUGAACAACAAGAGCUAUGAGACCGUCUACAACCGCCUCACCGUAGAGGAGGCCACCAUGGCGGUCAAGGCCGGCGACGGUCUCCAAGGCAUCACCAUGAGGGACAGUGAUGAGGAGGAUGGGUGAACCUCUCCCUAUAGUGCCAAGUCUGGUGUCCCUCGCAUAUAGACUGGAAUGGGAAGUGUGCAUGUAUGUGUACAGGAGAUGGAAGGGGUGGAGAUUACGUGUGUGUGUGUGUGCAACAGAAGGAGAUGGAGGGCUUGUAAAACACACUUAAGUCUAUGAUGAAAACAUCCAUCAUUGUGAUCCUCCCCCACUUACUCCAGUAGUGGCUACCUUCACAGCCAUAAUGAUAAUGAUGUCAGUACAGCUCAGUGGUCACCAACUGGUAGCCUUCAGUGCAGUUUCCGUUUGUUUAUUUCAUUUGUUUGUUGGUUUCUUUGUACUUUAUUUUAAUAGUGAUGUAGAUCAAGAAAAAAGAAACAAGUUGUGCUCUUAUGGUUACCUAGAUACAAUCAUGCCAAUUGAAACAGGUUUCAGAGGUCUCGCCAAUUGCAGGUCCAUUCUGUGGUAAAUGUACAAAGUGCAUUAUGAGGACAUUAUGAGUACAUUUCAGGGUGCUUAUGAGGACAUUAUGAGUACAUUUCAGGGUGCUUAUGAGGACAUUGAGGUUGUUCUUACAUAAUCACCCUGAAAGAGCGAUGAUACAGCCAAUAUACAUAUGUUUAUGCUCUACUGUAUGAAUGUAAUGCAUUGGCUAAAGUGCUACAUUGUCAUUUAAUGUAUUUAGGCUAUGCUCGAGUGUGUUAUCCUUCACAAGAGUUGGACACAUUUACAUUUACGUCAUUUAGCAGACGCUCUUAUCCACAAUAUACAUUCAAAGCUGUGUCCAAUAGGCUAAAGCUGAUUGAUAGUGCAUUAUGUUAUGAAUCUGAAUUGAUGUCUUAACUGUAAUACUUCAAUGAGUUUGUGUCAGUGGAGUUCAAAGACAAAACAAAUGGGAAAAAUAUAGGAAAUAUAUUUCUAUUGUCUUCUGUGCACCUGUUUUUUAUUCAGGUGUGAAUGUUCUAAGUGUUAGAAUUAAAGUGUUUUUAAAGCAA